CGUGCAGGGUGCGAGAGAUUGGAGAAUCUUGCAGCAGCCACGACGAGUGCUCUGCCGUCGGGUUUGCGACCUGUACCGACAAUAAAUGCACGUGUUUGAGAGGCUACGAGAUGGUGCAUGCCGUCGAAAACAUUCAUGUCUGCAGGCGGAGAGCGCUGAUGUCACCCUGCUUCCACCACGAAGACUGCAACGAGGCCUUCAACCACAGCUACUGCCUCGACAAACUCUGUUCUUGUCAGACCGGCUACGAAGCUGAUCUGAUAGACAACCGCACGUGCAACUUACGUCACGUUGGAAGCGCGUGCGUAGCUGACGUCGACUGCCAGGCGGCGGUGAACGACAGUCGGUGCGCUGACGGAGCGUGCGCGUGCAAGGCUGGACAUCGCGCGGAGAUGGGAGGAACGACGUGCAGCAAGGUUAGGAUCGGAGAGACAACGUGCAGUAACUCCGACGACUGCAACGCGACUUUGGCCAACAGCUACUGUUCCGUCGAAGUCUGUCAGUGUCUUCCCGGUUACAAGACCAACGACGACCGGGACGAGUGCACACUGAGACGCCUACACGACGAGUGCCAUCUCGACCUAGACUGUCGCAGCGCCAUCGCCGAUAGCGCAUGCGUGAACGGAAGUUGCCAGUGCACCUCAGCUUACUACUCGCCGAACAACAGCACUUGCGAACGCAGGCGCAUGGGCAGCAAGUGCUCCGUGGACACUCAGUGCCAGGAAAGCGUUGCCAUGAGUGCGUGCAUGAACGAUACAUGCAACUGCGUAUCAGGCUACAAGCCUGAAGACAAUGGUUUAGCAUGUCUUCGCAGAAUAAUCAGCGAUGCCUGUACCCUGGAGGCCGACUGCGCAGAUGCUGUAACAAACAGCACAUGUUACCAGAACCAAUGCGCAUGCAAACAAGGAUACCAAGUGGAAAACCAGAACCGUAGCUGUACGCUACGCAAGAUAGGAGACAACACGUGUAGCAGCCUGCUCGACUGCAGCAUGGCGAUAGCCAACAGCGAAUGCGAGGAGGGCAGAUGCGUGUGCACGGUAGGGUACCACCCGGCCCACGACCUUGCCAGCUGUAACCGCAGGCAAGGUGGGCGACCCCAUGUGCCUGCUGCCGCGUGACUGCAGCGCCGCCAUCGCCAACAGCACGUGCCAGGAGAAAGUCUGCACGUGCAUUGCCGGGCAUGAAGCGAACAGUGACUUGACGGCAUGUUCCAGGCGGAGGGUGAACAGCACUUGCACCACUGCUGUAGACUGCAUUGCUGCAUUUAACAACAGCAUUUGCCUGCAGGGCAGAUGUGUCUGUCAUGGCGGACAUCGCCCGACUGAUGAUGGGAUGGGAUGCGUCUUACGUCGUCUUGCUGACAUGUGCACCGUGGAUGAGGAAUGUGAGCUAGCCGUCCCCUUCAGCAUUUGUAAUGAGGAAGAAUGCCAGUGCCUGUCGGGCUUUCGUGGAAAUUUGACAGGAACGGAAUGUAUCAAGCGCGUUAUUGGAGAGCUCUGCUGGACGGACUCAGACUGUUACGAUGCCAUUUCACAUGCCGUGUGUCAUGACCAAAGCUGCGUAUGUGAGACUGGUUAUGAUGUCAUAAACAAAAACACAACGUGUGUCAAGCGUCCACGUCUUCUGGGUGAGCGCUGUCACUUUCAGACUCAGUGUUCCGCCAACGUGCAUCCCGUCAGCUUCUGCGCGGCGGACGGAACGUGCAGAUGUCCGGAAGGUUAUUACGUCACAAGAAACAGGACUACAUGCCAGCCGUUCCCAUCCUACAUAGGUGGUCGAUGCGAGAUGGGAGAUCACUGCCGUAAACUAGCCCACAGCACGUGCACAGAAAGUCACGUUUGUGACUGCCAGCCGCAGUUUUUUCCCUUGGACAAUGCCACUUGUCAACCAUACCCGCUGCGCCUUGGAGAACCAUGUCUGACGUCACACCAUUGCAAUUCAUCGAUGCUCCAGACGGAGUGCUUGCAGAACAAUUCUUGCGCAUGCGUGUACGGAUUCGAACCUCAGAGUGAAAAUGUCUGUAUUGAAAGACCUAUUAUUCCUCCAUUUAUUAUACCUCAUCGUCCAUCGAGAAUAAGAUGUACGAAAGAAAACGAGAGAAGGCUCUGUGGCGUCACCUCUGGCCAGUAUUGUGACGUAAAACAAGGAGAGGCAGUCGGCAGCUGUAGAUGUGCGAUGGGUCAGAAACAAAGAUUUGGGCAACUCAUGUGUCAUGCAAUCCAGACCUACCUGGUCAUCAUUAAUUUGACUAUGGAGGCCGGCCGUUAUGACUACAUACCUCUGCACUAUCUCCCAGAAUACAACAGUUCCGAGCUACCAGGCUUCCAGACAUUUGCUGAUCGGGUCACAAUUAUCGGGAUCAACGCCCUAAUGGUAACCUCGUCCAUUUCAAGGCGUCACGUCAACAGCGAGGUCAUAGCCAUGUUCGAUCUCUACCCCGGUGUUCAGGUGGUCGCCCUUCUGCACAUAACUGCUCAGUACUUCAGUCCCCUCUCGCUUCAAGAUCUCUUGGAACACAUAUUACACGCACUCGUACAGUCUGGUGGUGAACUUGGAAGAAGUCGGUUAAAACUAUCCAACCAUACAACCAAAGUGUGAACGUCGAAGAUUUCAACGAAUGUAAGAGUAACGACACGCACGACUGCUCGCCAAACGCCUGGUGUGUCAACACCCUCGGCUCCUUCUUCUGCGUCUGUCGCGUGGGCUUCGAGACGUGUCCCACGAGCUGGGCAUGCGCAAGGCCGCUCAUGUAUUAGUACGUCAAUACCUUCAUUUCCUACUACAACAGAAGACUACAGUGAAGUGUGCUCAACUGACAAUUGUGACACGAACUGGACUUUUGUGGCCUUGAUCCUGGCCGGCUUCUUCUUGAUCAUUGUGGUGCUAAUCGCUUACGAGAUUCUGCAGCGAAAGCACCGCACUUUUUUUUCCAGAGAACUGUACAUGAGACUACAAGCUAGUACAAGCAUAAGCAGAAUCCGUCGAGCUGUGUCGAGAGCACAAGACUUUCGCUCCAGCAGCCGCUCGCACGAACCAACCAAAAAGAGCCCUCGUUUUCGCUCCAGGUCUAACACAAGCAGCGAUGACGAAUGUGAUACGUCCCGUCCGCUUUUCAGCAGAUGAUUACAUUUUUUUCCUCUUGACAUCAAAAACAUUUUCAAGCAUUUGGAACCUGCCAGUGACUGCGCUUGAGAGGGCGCAAUGGAGUGCAAAUUGGAUGUGUGUCUAAUACGUCCAUGACAACGCCACUUAUACUCCAAAGAAUUUUUAUCUCGACGAGACAAAAUAGUUUGAAAUAUUGUUAUUCUUAAAAUUGUUUACUGAGAGCAGGCAUGUCAUUCAUGUGACAUGCACUUAAAACGCAUGAAAUUCAACCAGAAACCGGAAUCAGCUUUGCUAAUAUAACCGUUUAUAGACACGUAGGAAAGAAAAUCUGAGAGGAUUAAUGAUAGAUGUGAAUUCCUGUUUGGGACCAGAUGGUUGUGUCAAGUACAGAGAGCAUUAGUAAUAUAUCGGAAAGUCGACUUUAAUCUUUGCCAAAGUGAAAUCACCAGAAUCAACUAGCAAGCUAGAACAUUUACUUCUAUAAAUAAUGCAUAAGCUCGAAAUUCGGAGGAUGAACACCUCAAAGCUUACGUAACUCAAUGAUGUAGCCGCCAAAAUGUCAACAGGCAAUCUUCGCACGAAAUUGAAUGCAAGACCAAGUAGACACACGCACACACCCACACGCGCACACACAUGCACAGACUGCGACGAAGAUUCUUGUAUUGGCAGUAAAAGACAGGAUCAAGCUCUCCGGGACUGCUUGUGCGUCUGAGAAAUCAAUAUCUUAGAUUUUCUUAGGUUUUGAGGAUUUAAAUGAUUGAGAGCAAGGAGAAAAAAGAAAAGAAACCAAAGGAAUUCCACUCAAAAAGUAAAUUUCUCACAUACUAUCUCUUUACUUUCCACAUCAUCUCAGUGCAUGUGCCUCAUCUCUCUUCUGUAUCCGUUUGAUGUUUUUUUUUACCCUAGGUAUAGCCGGACUUCCCACAAUCUGCAGGUUUCUGUAACGAUCUGUAAUUUUCCAGGAAGUUUAAAACAAAACUUUGAGGGGGCAUGUUUUGAUGGAACUUUGAUUAAAGUCUAAAAAAAAAAUAAUUACAGAAUAUAAUGGAUGCGAGCCAAAUUUGUUCUUGUGUGGCCCACAGCUUGUAUUUAAAAAGUGUAACAGUUGCGGGAUCGCAUCGAGAUAAAAAGAACAUUUCCACAAACCGGUAAAGUAGCAGUCGCUAGACUGCACUAAAUAACUCAUAAUGCCAAGCAAAGAACUCGACACUUCUACAAACUCUCUGUUGACUGGAAGAGUAAACAUCGUCACGGCUCAGAUGCUGUUUCAAGGCGCCCAUGUGUAUUUAUAACAACUGCUUGUUCAUUAUUGUUUUUUUCCAAGGUUUUUUUCAGUUAGUCUCUUUAUCAUCAUGUCCAUCACCAGCGUUUUUCAUUUUGUUGUGAUGCAGAUUAGUAGCUCAUUACAAAAACAAUCCAUGCGUAGGAUAGUUUGAGUAUUGUGUGCGAUCGGAUAAACAUUGCAUGUGUUUUUGAGAGUGUGCGAACGUGUUUUUUUCGUAUGCUCGUGUUUGAACCUGUACGGUAUGUACGGUAGAGUGUGGGGAUAUCUAUAUCGCAUAAAUACCAAAGCUAGUUUUUCUUUUGUAGCCAUCCUCAGAAACAUAAUGAUAACUUGGACAAAGCUUCUACAUCAAAACUCCUUAAAAUAUGUAGGGUUUUUUUUUCACUUUUAUUCAUUUAGUUGUUUUUGUCUGCUUUUUCCGUAAGCCCUUAAAAGUACAAGAAUGUCUCCGUGCAAAGCAAUCUGGGGAUGCAACAAUGCAUCUUGUUCCUCACUGUUUUUAAUACUUGAGCCAGCAAUAGGAAACAACACGGAUAAAAGUAGGUGAGAAGGCUGUAUUUCAGAAUGUGUGGGGAUCCGAUGCUUUGCAUAUUUUGAACUUUUGCCAUGGUCGAGUGAAAUUCAGUACUUAUACCUUUACACCUCAGCUUACUCUUUGAAUGCCACUGAAAUAAAGAUUUUUAUAUGUG